CACUCUGUAUGUUGGUUUGUUUGUUUGUUUGUUUUGUUUUCUUGAUCAUCAAUCAUCAUUAUAGAGGUGUUCAUGUUCGUGUGUGUUCGUUUUUUGAAUGCCAUAAUAAAAUGUGUUUGUGUCCAUAUUCAAAUUACUGAACAAUAAUGAUAAUAAUAAUGUAUUUCAGGUAAAUCCUGAUGAAAUUUAUAUACACAAAAUUAAAUUCUUCAAUACAAAUCAUACAUCCGACGACAAUAGCAACAAUUUUGUCCAAUGUUUUUAUUGUAACUAAUUUUCAUUGGAAAAAAAAUUUCAAUUUAAAACACCGAUAAUGAUGGUGAUGAUGAUGGUGAUUCAAUUAUUUAAACGAAAAUCAAUUUCAUCAGCAGCUAUAAUGACAAAAGUAGCCAACAAAUAUAUGGCAAAAACAAGAACAACGAUGACAAUGACAGGAAUGAUUACAUUGGCAGGAAUAAUUUCAUUCAUUAUUAGUCAUACAAUAUCAUCAUUAACAAUGAUUAUCAUUAUUGGUAAUCUAUUCACAUCAUCAUUAUAUUCAUUAAGGCCAUUCGUAAUCUGUGAUAUUAUACAUGAUGAUAAUAAUAAUCAUGCAAAUAGUGAUCAAUAUCAAUAUCAACGUUUAAUUAUAAAUCAACCAAACAGUAAUGAAUCAUUAUUAGCAUCUGAACAUUAUAAUCGUGUAUUAAAAUAUGCAAAAUGUCAAUAUCCAAUGGCCAAAGUGGUCAAUAUACAGAAUGAGCUACAGAAUCCUAGUGCAACGAAAAAAUACAUACCACAUUGUACAAUAUUACAUUAUUGUGGUGAACAUACUGGCUGCUGUCGUCUUGAAACUGAACAUUGUAUUGCCAAAACAAUCGAAAUGGUUAGAUUAUAUUUUUGGACCAUUGAAAUUACUGCACGUGGCCAUAAAAAAGGUAUUGAAGUGAUAAUGAUGAAAAAUCAUACUGAAUGUAUGUGUGCACCAAUUAAUCAAAAAUCAUCAUCAUCGCCAUCAUCAUCAUCGUCAUCGUUAUCGAUCAAUCAUCAUGGAGCUAAUCGAUCAUCAUCAUCAUCAUCAUAUCAUUCUAAUCAUCAUCAACAUCGUUUUAAUCCGACAACAUUACGAUUUGAACCGGUUACAACAUCAUUAUUAUUAUCAUCAUAUCCAACAACAUUGUUACCGACAACAAUAACAACAACAACAACAACAACGAUGAAGAAACAACGUAAAAAACCUAUUGUUGAUCGUUCCAAAUCAAUCAGAACGAAUAAUUCAACAUGAAUCGAUAUAAAAUCGUCAUUAAUGAUAUUAAUUAUCAUGUUGACGAUUGAAUUAAAUUAUUAAAUAUUCCACUAUCAAACAUCACCAUCACCAUCACCAUCACCACCACCACCACCAUCUUGUCACAUCAUCAUCUUUGAUUUUUGAUUCUUUAUAUUCACCCAAACACACACAUACGUCUGAAUUCUGUUAUUAUCUUUACUGUAACGAGCUAUGAUCAUGAUCAUCAUUUUCAUUUUCAUUUUUUUUUCUCUUUUUGUUGUAUUGUAAUUUAUUGAUUUU